AUGAGCCUUAAUGACCAAGACGGGGCUCAAAAAGACGGGCAAGAUGAAAAUGCAUUGCGAGAGAUGCCCUUAAAUCCAACGCCAACCAAGGAACCAAUUCCCAACCCAUCGCCUAUGCUGACUCAAACGAAAAGAACCCUCGCCGAGCCAGUUAUUGCUGCAUUUAUGGCUGGUGGAGUGGCGGGCGCGGUCUCUCGGACCAUUGUAUCGCCCCUCGAACGUUUAAAGAUCCUGCUUCAGAUUCAAAGUGUGGGGCGAGAAGAAUAUAAACUCUCCAUUUGGAAGGGGUUGGUGAAAAUGGGCCGAGAGGAGGGUUGGCGGGGAUUUAUGCGAGGUAAUGGGACCAAUUGUAUCCGCAUUAUUCCAUACUCUGCUGUUCAAUUUGGCAGUUAUAAUUUUUAUAAGAAAUUUGUUGAAUCCCCCGAGGGGGAGAUGACACCGGCUCGUCGUCUUAUGUGCGGCGCGGCGGCCGGUAUUACAUCUGUUACAUUUACAUAUCCCUUAGACAUUGUACGCACACGACUUUCUAUCCAAUCCGCUUCAUUCGCCGAUCUUGGAAGCAGGGACUCCGCACAGAAAUUACCCGGCAUGUUUGGCACAAUGGUGUCUAUAUACAAACAGGAAGGGGGCUUCGUUGCCCUUUAUCGUGGGAUCGUGCCUACAGUCGCUGGAGUCGCGCCUUAUGUUGGAUUGAAUUUCAUGACAUAUGAAUCAGUGCGAACCUAUUUGACGCCAGAUGGAGAAAAAAAUCCAAGUUCGUGGCGAAAGCUGCUAGCAGGUGCAAUCUCUGGGGCAGUAGCCCAAACAUGCACAUACCCCUUUGACGUGUUACGUCGACGCUUUCAAAUCAACACCAUGACCGGAAUGGGAUACCAAUAUAAAUCGAUCUGGGAUGCUGUACGAGUCAUCGUGGCCGAGGAAGGUGCACGAGGGCUGUUCAAAGGAAUUGGACCCAACUUAUUAAAGGUUGCACCCAGCAUGGCCAGCAGCUGGCUCAGUUUCGAGUUGACACGGGAUUUCCUGGUCGCAUGGAUCCCACGUGACUCGUUCAGUUACCCAAUGUGGUCUAGCGUAGGGCUCAACCCACACACACCGGUGCAGCCGAAAGUCCAAGACCAAAAACCUCUUGCAUUUUCCAAACGGGUGCGACAGCAAGCUAACUUCCAGGUGUUCAAUUCAUACCAGCAGCCAUGGAGUACUGACGAGACUUGCAAAUUUCUAGGUAUCGACUUGGACCGGCACCAUGUGCGCAACAGCCACCGCAAGGCUCCCAAGAGUGAGAACGUCUAUUUGCAGGUUCUCGUGAAGCUCUACCGCUUCCUCGCUCGCCGUACCGAGUCCAACUUCAACAAGACUGUCCUCCGUCGUCUUUUCAUGUCGCGCAUCAACCGCCCCCCUGUCUCCAUCUCGCGCAUCGUUUCGAACGUCAACGAGACCCAGAAGGGCAAGACCGUCGUCGUGAUCGGUACCGUCACCGAUGACAACCGCCUCCUGACUGUCCCCAAGCUCUCGGUCGCUGCUCUGCGUUUCACCGCUACUGCCCGUGCCCGCAUUGAGAAGGCCGGUGGUGAGACCCUGACCCUGGAUCAGCUUGCUCUUCGCGCUCCUACCGGUGCCAACACUCUGCUUCUGCGUGGUCCUAAGAACUCCCGCGAGGCUGUGAAGCACUUCGGCUUCGGUCCCCACUCCCACAAGAAGCCCUACGUCGCCAGCAAGGGCCGAAAGUUCGAGCGCGCUCGUGGUCGCAGACGCUCCAAGGGUUUCAAGGUCUAA